GUAGUGUCAGUGUCAACUGUCAAAUCUACUAAAAACAAUAAUGAUCCAGUCCUAGAGUAUGCGAAUGUGAUUUCUUUCCCUUUUCUGAUUACAUGAGAGCGAAUUAAUUAACUUUUAAAAACCCGCAUUACAAUAAUAAUGUCUGGAAUGCCUCUGAAUUUAUUCCAUAGCUAAAAAAUCAAAGUAACACACAUAUAAGUACAUAAGUUUAGAGGUUAUGUAAGCUCGAACCGAGGGUUGUACUAAGUUAUUUGCUGGUUAUUAUUGAUAUAUGAAAACAUGCCAGAAACAGCUCCUGACAGUAAGAAAGAGACCGAGGAAACAACAACUGUUGCCUCUGAAGAAGAUAAUGAACCAGAAGACAAGUGGGUGAUAAGAGAUUGUGAACUGUACAAGGAUGAAUAUAAAGAUUGCACCAGCUUUAGAGGUCGAUUCCAACAAUAUUUUGUUUAUGGUGAGACCCUAGACUGCAACCAAUGGAAAAAAGACUAUGAUAACUGUUGCAAAUGGGAAGAUUAUAAGGAUAUAAAGGCUGCAAAUGCUCUGAUAGCUAGUGAAAAAGAAAGACGAAUGGAGAGACUUAGAGCACAUUAUAGGAAUGAUGUAUGGAAAAAACGAGAUUCACCUCCAGCUGACUGGGCCAAACCAUUGCCAGAGUGGAUGCAGAAAAGAGAUGAGAACACAUACUUAGCAAUAAAAGCUAAAGAAAUAAGAGAAGGAAAAGAAGACACAACUGAAAAGAAGUUUUGUUCUAUAAUGUGACAUGUAGAAUGUAUUGUAGAUUAGCCAAUGUUGUAGUUAAUUUAUAUCAUAGAUUUGUACAAUUAAACUUGUUGUUUAAUGUUG